AUGUUAGGGAUGGUACUACAUUGCUUUGGACUUUGUUGUUUUGUGUCCAUUGUUUGUUCUGGUGCCGUUUAUGAUCGCGAUGGUGUUCAGUGUGGGAGUUUAUGCUCAUUAUCGCACGGAGAUGAUCGCGCAGGUUCGCAAAAUAGGUUGGACCACGUGCUUCAUGCUGGUGGUGCUAGGCAGAGGGAUGCAGUUUUCCACUACCUAUGGUUUAGGUACAAGAAUUCCAAAGAUGGUUCCGAGAAGACAAAAGUAAUAAAGGAGAUAAGGGAUACAAUGAUGCGUAGGAAAUACUUUGAUGGAAGUGUGGACAUUAUCGCUCUCUUCCUAUUUGGACCGGGGAAGAGUAGGUGCAGGUGUUUGAGACCCACUGUGGGUGGGGUGCCGGAUGAAGAUGGCUUGAUUCACACGAGAGAAUUUGCAAUUUUUUGCAACAAGGGGAUCUCCCAAGCUGCACUGGAGAAAGCUUGCAUAGCUGCAUGUAGUGGGUACGACAAGGGACAACGGGAUCCUUCCAUCCGAGGUUAUUAG